CGGGGGGCAGCAGCCGGAACAUUUCGGGGGCUUCCCUUGCCCGGCGUGGCCUUGGAGGAGAGCGGGCAGGGCUGGGCCCGCAGUCCCGCUCCUGAAGCACCGGCGAUGGUCCACUGCUGGAAUCAUGGGAACAUCACCCGCUCGAAGGCCGAGGAGCUGCUCUCCAAGACGGGGAAGGACGGGAGCUUCCUAGUGCGGGCCAGCGAAUCCAUCUCCCGAGCAUUCGCGCUCUGUGUCUUGUUUCGGAAUUGUGUCUAUACCUACAGGAUUCUGUCCAAUGAAGAAGAGAAAUUCACUGUCCAGGCAUCCGAAGGGGUCCCUGUCAGGUUCUUCCCCAGCCUGGAGCAGCUCAUUGAGUUCUAUAAGAAGGAGAACAUGGGCCUGGUGACCCACCUGCAGUAUCCUGUACCACUGGAAGAGGAAGAGGCCGGAGAUGAGCUGGAGGAGGAAACAGAAUUCUUCAUCUCCCCACCGGAGCUGCCACCCAGGAACCUUCCCCUGGUGUCAGGAUCAAGCGAGGUCAAGGAAGUUGCUCUCCCAGCCGAUAAUUCCCGAGUCACGGAGUACAGCCCGUUAUCGCUGUCUGAGACGCUGCUUCAGCGUCUGCAGGGCAUGGACACCAGUGGGCUCCCUGAAGAGCACCUGAAAGCCAUCCAAGAUUACCUGAGCACUCAGAUUGUCACAGAUGCUGAAUUUGUAAAGACCGGCUCCAGCAAUCUCCCCCACCUCAAGAAGCUGAUCAUGGCCCUCUGCAAAGAGCUCUACAGUGAAGUCGCCAGGACCCUCCCAUCCCUAGAGUCCAUGCAGAGGUUAUUUGACCAGCAGCUGUCGCCCGGUAUCCGGCCACGGCCUCAGGUGUGUUCAGAGGCAAGUCCUGUCAACAUGAUAGCCAAGCUGGGCCAGCUGACCAGUUUACUGUCCUCCCUUGAAGAUAAGGUAAAGGCGCUUUUGGGAGAAGGUCCUGAAUCCACACAUCGGCGAUCACUCAUCCCUCCAGUCACUUUUGAGGUAAAAGCAGAAUCCUUAGGAAUUUCACAAAAAAUGCAGCUUAAAGUUGAUGUUGAAUCUGGGAAACUGAUUAUCAAGAAAUCCAAGGACGGCCCCGAGGAUAAAUUCUAUAGCCACAAGAAAAUCUUACAGCUCAUCAAGUCCCAGAAAUUUCAUAACAAGCUUGUCAUUGUGGUGGAAACAGAGAAAGAGAAAACUUUGAGGAAGGAAUACGUCUUUGCUGACUCAAAGAAAAGAGAGGGCUUCUGUCAGCUCCUCCAGCAGAUGAAGAACAAGCACUCAGAGCAGCCUGAGCCCGACAUGAUCACCAUCUUCAUCGGCACCUGGAACAUGGGUGAUGCUCCUCCUCCCAAGAAGAUCACAUCCUGGUUUCUCUCCAAGGGUCAGGGAAAGACCCGGGACGACUCAGCAGACUACAUUCCCCAUGACAUCUAUGUGAUUGGCACCCAGGAGGAUCCCCUGGGUGACAAAGAGUGGCUGGAAAUUCUGAAACACUCCUUGCAGGAAAUCACUGAUAUCAGUUUUAAAACGAUAGCCAUCCACACCCUCUGGAACAUCCGGAUCGUUGUGCUGGCCAAGUCAGAACAUGAAAACCGGAUCAGUCACAUCUGCACAAACAAUGUCAAGACAGGGAUCGCCAACACUCUUGGUAAUAAAGGAGCUGUGGGUGUGUCAUUCAUGUUUAAUGGAACCUCCUUGGGAUUUGUCAACAGCCACUUAACUUCAGGAAGUGAAAAGAAACUUAGGCGGAAUCAGAACUACAUGAGCAUCCUCCGCUUCCUGGCCCUGGGAGACAAGAAGCUGAGCCCUUUCAACAUCACUCACCGCUUCACGCACCUCUUCUGGCUGGGAGACCUGAACUACAGACUGGAGCUGCCGCCCUCAGAAGCUGAGAACAUCAUCCAGAAGAUUAAGCAGCAACAGUACUCGGAGCUGCUCUUGCACGACCAGCUCCUCUUGGAGCGCAAAGAGCAGAAGGUCUUCCUGCAUUUUGAUGAGGAAGAGAUCACCUUUGCUCCCACCUACCGCUUUGAAAGACUGACUCGAGAAAAGUAUGCCUACACUAAGCAGAAAGCCACAGGGAUGAAAUACAAUUUACCAUCUUGGUGUGAUCGUGUGCUCUGGAAAUCCUAUCCCCUUGUGCAUGUGGUGUGUCAGUCCUAUGGUUGCACCAGUGACAUCAUGACGAGUGAUCACAGUCCUGUCUUUGCCACUUUUGAAGCAGGGGUCACCUCACAGUUUGUCUCCAAGAAUGGUCCUGGGACCGUGGACUCACAAGGACAAAUCGAGUUCCUGAAGUGCUAUGCCACCUUGAAGACAAAGUCACAGACAAAAUUCUACUUGGAGUUCCAUUCCAGCUGCCUAGAAAGUUUUGUGAAGAGCCAGGAAGGAGAGAAUGAAGAAGGAACAGAAGGGGAGCUGGUGGUGAAGUUUAUAGAUGACCUCCCAAAGCUGACCCCCAUCAUCUCUGACCCCGAGUAUCUGUUGGACCAGCACAUUCUCAUCAGCAUCAAGUCAUCGGACAGUGAUGAGUCAUACGGUGAAGGCUGCAUUGCUUUAAGAUCCGAAGCCACAGAGUCCUUGGUACCCAUCUAUACUGCCCUCACUCACCAUGGAGAGAUGAUGGGUCACUUCCGAGGGGAGAUUAAGCUGCAGACCUCCCAAGGGAAGAAGAGAGAGAGGCUCUAUGACUUUGUGAAGACGGAGCGAGACGAGGCCACUGGGCAGAAGUCCCUGAAGAGCCUCACCAGCCAUGACCCCACAAAACAGUGGGAGUGUCCCCCCAGAGUGCACUGUGGUGGUUCCAGCUUCACCGAGAUCACCAACCCCAGCUAUCUCGGGGUGGGGCACUUCGGCCCGCAGAUGCCUCUCCACGGGAAGCCAACCGUCUCCUCUGAGCUGCCGACCACCUUCCGGAGCUGUGAUCAGCCUCCCAAAGACAGCCCCCCAGUGCCCAGCUGGGGGGAGUCUCCCCUGACCCCACCCUCACAGCCCCCUCUGUCUCCAAAAAAGUUCCCUCCCUGCUCAGCGCCCCGAGCUCCCAAUCUCAGGACCCAGGAGCAACUGCCAAGCGACUUGGGGAAGAAUAUGGCGGAUCCCUUAUCCAUAGAGGAACAACAGCUGACGAAGCCGGAAAUGUUUGAGAACCCGCUGUAUGGAUCUGUGAGUUCCUUCCCUAAGCCAGCGCCCAGGAAAGAGCAAGAGUCCCCCAAGACCUUGAGGAAGGAUCGCCCAGCCUGUGCAGAGCCAGGAGCUCGGUCUCCUGUCAUUGUCUUCACAAAACAGGCAGAAGGUGAGGGUGGCAAGUUGGCCAACAAGCAGGGUGUCCCCUUCCUCCCGGUGCCCAGGAUGCGUUCUUUUACCUGUUCCUCCUCUCCAGAGGGGAGGACCACAUCAGCAGGGGAAAAGACCCAGGCAAAGCCCAAACCUGCCACCCCAUCAGAAACUCCAGUCCCAGCCAAGAGGCCAGUCAAGCCUGCCCGGUCUGAAAUGAGUCAGCAGGGGAAUUCAGGACAGACAAGCAGGCCGCCUCUGCCCGCCAAAAGUCCAACUGUGUUACAACUGCAGCAUUCUAAAGCCCGAGACUACCGGGAGAGUUCUGAGCUCCCGCACCACGGGAAGCACUGGCCGGAGGAAGGACCAGUCAGCAGGACAUCUAUGCAGUGAGUGUCACCUGGGCAGGCAUAUCUGGAAAGAGAAGGUAGACAAGCCUCCCCCACACUCUCCAAUCUGAUGUUCUUGACAUUGGUCACAAGGCUUUUUGUUUUCAAGAAAUGGACUAUGCUCUUUGGGGACCGCUGGAUUGCACUGUUGGUUCACUGAGUAGAAUUGUUUGGGUUGGAUAAAGAAGAGAUCCAGAUGGACUACAAGGAACCCAAGUGACCAAGCCACCUGUUACAAUUCCACAGGCCAUUGCUGAUGCCUUAGAGCGUGGAUCUGGCAGGCAGCCAUCUCCAAAGGAGAGAAUAAGGUACAAAUGAGAGAGUGAAAAUGAAUCUCUCUUGGCAAACCAAAGCCAUGAGGCCCAGGCCUGUGCUGGGCAAUGAUUCCUUCAGUGGAACACAUAGCCUGGGCAAAGCAUUAAUGGGAUGACCAGGGCAGGUUGAGCAGGGAAACAAAGAAUGAAGACUUGGGGACUAUACCAAGUGAAUAUAGUCACUGACUUAGGGUACAAAGCAAUUUACCUUUGGGGGUCAUGGAGUCACAAAAUACACUGGAUAGGGUCUUAGAUAGUCCUGGUUUCUUAGUGAGGCCAGUGGGGAAAAAACAAUCGUUUAAUUUAGCUUAGUAUAGAAUGCAACGGAAGGAGAUUCCAGAAUCAAUGUUAACCCCAAGGGACUUAGCUGAGCAAGAAAAGGAUGCCUUUCUCAGCCCAGGCCUUGCCUUUGGGGGAAGCAAAGGUCUAUCUCACCUCUCACAAAUCUUUCCUUAGGUUUAUUAAGCACAAGGAGGUCUAGCCGAACUAACUUAUUCCCAUUCUCCCAGAGAUAGAGCCUCAGAUACCAAGAAGUCAGGCUAGACUUCCCCUAACACUUAAGUACCUACUAGCACCCACCCCAACACUGUUGUUCCUAUCAGAGGUGGUGCCCUUCUACUUGAUGUGCUUUAGAAUGAACACUUCCUGUUCUGGGUCUUGGACUAGCUCCACUUUUCUCUGUAGCUGCAUUAGAAAUACACAUCUUCUUCCCUUUGUGGGUCGAGUGGGAUAAUUAUUUGGUGAUUUCCCCCCCUCCCCCAUUCAAUUUUAUUUUAAAUGAGAAAAAACAUUAGUGUUAGAAUCCAAGGUGGUUGUGUGUGUAUAUAUGUGUGUGUAUGUGAUUUCCCUAGCAUGCCCAUGUGUCAAUUUGUGUAUAGAAAUGUGUUAAUAAA